AUGCAUUUUAAAAUUCAAACAGGAUUUGGAUUAGUCGUACAAGAAUGUAGACAAGAAUGUACACAAGAAUGUACAAGAAAUAUACAAGAAUAUACAAGAAUGGAACAAGAUUACGAAGUACCGACAGAGCGACGACUUCGAUCUUAUUAG